AAGAUCAACCUACACUCUUCUCUAUUUCCCUUUACUGUGUGACUAACGUCUCGUUUCAAUUAUUCAAGAUGCCAUCUCUCGUGGUGUUCCGCGGUGCAGCCAUUCACUCUCUUGACCUCCAAACUCUGGAAUUUGUUGACGAUGCAACUCUCCUCAUCAGCAACGGCGUCAUUACAGGAUUUUGGAAGAACCCUGCCGCUGUCCCCAAAGAUGCAUUUCCCUCAGAUGCCAAAAUCCAUACUCUUUCUCAUGGUGAAUUUCUGAUACCGGGAUUCGUCGACACUCAUAAUCACGCUCCUCAAUGGCCGAUGCGGGGUCUUGGCCAAGGCCUUCACAUCCUCGAUUGGCUUGACCAGGUGACGUUUCCCUUCGAAGCACGCUUCUCUGAUCCAGAGUACGCAAAAAAGAUGUAUGAACAUACUGUUCAGGACUUUCUGCGACAGGGAAUCACGACUGCUUCGUACUAUGGCUCCCGUCACGCUGAAGCGACGCGCAUUUUAGCGGAUAUAUGUUACGCGAAAGGCCAGCGCGCGUUUGUCGGAAAAUGUAACAUGGACAGAAAUGCACCAGAUUAUCUUCGUGAGCAAAGUGCAGAGGGCUCUCUUCGCGAGACCAAGGAGUGCAUUGCUCAUAUUCGUGCCCUUAGCCCCGCCGGAGACGGUGAAGAGGGGUUGGUGAAGCCGGUUGUUACACCAAGAUUCGCAAUCUGCUGCACUGACGAACUUCUUCGUGGGCUUGGAGAUAUGGUACAGGCAGAUGAUACUCUGGCCAUGCAAACACAUUUCAACGAAGCCCAGCAAGAAAUUGAUUUCACCAAGGAGCUCUUCCCUCAGUUCAAAGGGAGCGAGGCUGAUUUGUAUGAGAGUUACGGACUUCUCAACAAGCGCAGCAUCCUUGCUCACUGCACCAUCAUGACCGACUACGAAAAGGAACGUCUUGAAGCACUGGAAUGUGGCAUCGCCCACUGCCCCAUUGCCAACAUGACAAUCGGCGGUGGUUUCAUGGUGGCACCUAUCCGCGAUUUCCUCCGUCGCGGAAUUAAAUGCGGUCUUGGUACCGAUAGUGGAGGCGGCUGGGCAUCUCAGAUGUUAGCAGUCAUCAGACAAGCGAUGAUAGCUUCAAAUGCCCGCGAAGUUAUGUCCAAGGGCGAAGACAAGGCUCUUUCACUUGAGGAAGUAUUCUACCUCGCAACUAUGGGGGGCGCCAAGGUCCUAUGUCUCGAAAACAAGAUCGGAAACUUUGAAAUUGGUAAGGAGUUCGAUGCUAUUUGGGUGACUACCACGACAGGACUACAGUCUGCUAUGACUCCAAGAGAGGAGGAAGACUCACUGAGAGGAUUGUUUGAGAAGUAUGUUAUGACGGGUGAUGACAGGAAUGUGGCACAGGUAUUUGUCAAGGGCCGCAGAGUGGCAGGUAGCCAAGAGUACAAUUAGUUCCGACAGUCUCUAGGCUCUUCAUAGGGUUAAUAAAAGACCCUGUAUACACCAUUGUGACGCAUCGUUCAAUCAUUUAUGCCCUCAUGCUCAC